AUGCCCUAUUCCAGGGCUGUAAGGCAUGCUUUCUCUAUAAGUGAUCGACCGCAUCUAUCGUAUCGCUAUACCAUAUCCUCUGUAGCUAUAGACGUUACCACUUCACGCAUCAUCUCAGUCGAAUCGGGGGCAGCAAGGCUCCAUGACUUCCCUCUCAUUCAAAAUGACCUAGAACCUCGGUCAAGUCAACUGACGUUGUCUUUUACGAAUAAUUACCAGGGAAGCCCAGUCUUUGCCUACUUGUCAGGAAGAGACAGCGCGGGAUCGAUCGUCUUCCUGACGACGAACGGAACCUGGUAUUACCCUGUCUUGUCUUCGGGCGCUGGUCAUCAGAGAGUAGAUCCUCUCGCUAUCUUGCUUCCUUUGAAUGAGUACAGCCCGCAUCUGGACGUAACUAUCCCCGAUUCCCUCAUCUCGGGUCGUGUGUGGGUCGCUACCGGCGAGCUUCCGUUUUACAUCUCGACAAACGACGGAGCCACAGCAAUGCAGCUCAUCGAACCGUCCGUGUAUAACGACGAAGAUCCUUCCGCGGUCGUGAGCUGGGGGUUUCUUGAGCUUACGUAUACGGAAGGGGUUGACGUCUACGCUAAUCUAUCCUUUGUCGACUUCGUCGGCUUUCUUCUAGGUCUAUUCCUUACCUUAGCAGAUGGCACCGUCCAAACGGUAGCCGGCCCCCAUAAAGACGCCGUCUCCGGGAUGUGCAAUGCCUUACGCGUACAAGCCACCCAGGACAACCAUCCAUGGGACGAGCUGUGCGUUGUUGAUCGAGAUUCACAGCCGAUCCGCAUCGUGUCGCCGAGCAAAACAGCCAAUGCUAGCCUCCUCCAAGGGUACUACGCUCAUUACGUCGACCGGGUCUGGGAUAGGUACACCUCCCAAGACCUGUUUAUCAACACGCAAAGCGAUGCAGGUCUGGUGCCGUGCCGUGUCAGUGAGGAGGUGCUGCGCUGCCAAGGUGAUAAUCGUGGCUACAGUCGCCCUAGCGAGGCAGACAUCUGGGGCUGCAGCUCCGGUCCUUUCGCAAUCGCUGAGGAGGAUAACGCGAUCCAUCGCGCCGUCGUGCCCAGAUUAUGUGCCGCAUUUACUAGAUCGACACUCUUGGUCGAUGGAGGCGCCGUGCAGCCGUCGGUCAAUAGUGGCCAAUACUACGCCGAGAGUCCCACCAAUCAUUACAGCCGCCUUGUGCACCAAUUUCUAGCCGACGGGAAGGGGUAUGCGUUCCCGUAUGAUGAUGUGGACGUCGACGGAGCGAACGCUGCCGGGGUGGUGUCCGGAAGCAAUCCGCAGCGGCUUGAGAUUAUUGUCGGCGGAUCAUUAGGGAAUCAACGAAUAUAA